CGGGUCGAGAAAAUUUGGCUGGGGUUCGACCGGCCGAUUCCGCGGUGGUCUCAUCUGCCUUCCUCUGUUCCUGUGACGAAUUUCGCAGUUUCUGCGGCUGUGAUCUGCCGCAAGGGCACCAAACCAGAAAGAAAAUCAAUCAGUAUCCAGAGAGAGAGAGAGAGAGAGAGAGAGAGAGAGAGAGGGAAUGGAGGAAGAAGGAGAAGGGCUUAGGCUGAGCAAGAGGUUCUCGGACAAAGUGGGCGAUGGAGAGGUGGAUUUCAAGACGAAAUCAGGCACCGCCUGGUCCCAUUCCUACCUCAACCAGAAGCCAUGGCACCCUCUCUCCUACCCCAACCAGCGCCGCAAGUGGAUCGCCGAGCAGACCCAGGCUCAGCAUCUCCGCCGCGUCGAAGAAGUUGCCCGCGAGUUUGCCCAGGAACAGGAAUUCUUCCGCCAGACAGCUCUUGCCUCCAAGAAAGAGAAAGAAAAGAUGGAGAUGAUGAAGGCAGUGAGCUUUAUGUAUGUCCGCCCACCAGGUUACAAUGCAGAAAGUGCCAAGGCUGCUGAAAUUUCCGAGGAGAGGAAGAAAGAGGAGCAGAACAAUCCCCAGCAUAACCCAUCUGUGGAAGAGGCAUCAACUUCAAUGCCAUCACAAGUACUGCAUGAAAAAAAGAAGCCAAUACCAAAAGACGUUUUUGGUCGUGCUUUACCAACCGAGGAACGAUUUGAAAUUCUUAAAAAUGCUCCAAGAAUGGAAACAGGUGUUGUUGGAAGGGUGAAACCAUUUGGAGUUGAAGUGCGCAAUGUGAAAUGUCUAAGAUGUGGGAACUAUGGCCAUCAAAGUGGUGAUCGUGAAUGUCCAUUGAAGGAUGCUAUCAUGCCUAAUGAAGAGAGUCGAUUGAAAAGAGAUGAUCCCUUGACGGCUAUGCUGGCCCAUACAGAUUCUAGUGAGCCUCUAAAAUGGGAGCUUAAACAGAAACCGGGAAUGAGUCCUCCCCGCGGCGGGUUCGACAUGGACGAUCCCAAUCAACAGAUAGUGGCCGAGGACAUAUUUGACGAGUAUGGAGGCUUCCUUGGUGGAGAGAACAUCACUGAGUUGUUGGCCAGCUACUCCGCCGGCAAACAAAAGAAGUCCAAGAGUAAGAAGAAGCAUCGAAGGCAGUCGUCUCCAACUUUUACUGAAUCCAAGCAUCGUACAGAGGACCGGCCAUCCAAUGUCCCUGAGACGAUGAUGAGAUCGAAGAAGAGCAAACACAAGGCGAAGAAACACAAGCAUUCUGAAUCAAGCUCAUCAGAUGAUGACGCGGAAGUUGAGAUCCCGGACAGGUCACCUGAUGAUUAUGAUGGCAGGAAGAGCUCGCAGAGGAGGAAACACAGGAGAAAGAAGCACAAAUAUUCUGAGUCGAGCUCAUCGGACGAUGGAGAGCUGGACAGGCACCGAGACAGGACUAGACACAGGCAGUCUUACACACGGGCAUCCAAAGAUUCAGACUCUGACGGGCGACGUAGAAGCAAGCACCGACAUUCCUCUUGUCGUGGCCACCGGCACCGCCAUCGCCACCGUAACAGCUCAGAUUCCUCAUCUGAAUGAGAUAGAUGUUAAACUUGUCUUCUUGUGGAGACUCGAGAUUGAGGAAAAUGAUCAAGCCUUCUGCCGUCUGGUCUAGGUCCAUCAGAUCACUCCAUACUUGGGAGUUUUUUCAAUAUGGUUAUGCAUUGGCAAUGCAAGUACUGCUUGUUAGUUGGAUUCUAUUUCUGUUGCAUCAAUCAUAGACAUGCUGUGUGAGUGUAAGAUAGUCUCGACUAUUGUGAGUAAUAAUGGUAGCCUUUUCUUCUCAUUAUUUAUUUCAUGUAUCAUCACCUUUUAACGCAACAAUAUUGCAACAAUAGAGUAGACUUUCAUUCA